CCUUCAACCAUGGCUUCUAAUAUUUGUCUCUGGUUAUGGUUUUCCUAUAUUACAAGUCUUCACGUGAUUUUCACAUUGGCUCUCUCUGAUAAUUAUAUUAUUCAUAUGAAUUUAUCAGAUAUGCCUAAAUCUUUCUCAAACCAACAUAGUUGGUAUGAAUCCACUCUUGCUCAAGUUACUACUACCAACAAUAAUCUCAAUAAUUCUACCUCAUCUAAGAUCUUUUAUACGUACACCAACGUUAUGAAUGGUUUUAGUGCAAACCUAUCACCUGAGGAGCACGAAUCCCUCAAAACCUUCUCGGGUUUCAUUUCUUCAAUACCCGAUUUACCCUUGAAGCUUGACACAACACACUCACCUCAAUUUCUUGGCCUUAAUCCAUAUAGAGGGGCAUGGCCAACUUCUGAUUUUGGUAAAGAUAUCAUUGUUGGUGUAAUAGACACUGGUGUUUGGCCAGAAAGUGAAAGUUUUAGAGAUGAUGGAAUGACUAAAAUACCCUCAAAAUGGAAAGGCCAAUUAUGUCAAUUUGAGAAUUCCAACAUCCAGUCAAUCAAUUUAUCUUUGUGCAACAAGAAACUCAUUGGAGCUAGGUUCUUCAACAAAGGCUUCUUGGCAAAACACUCCAACAUUAGUACAACAAUUUUGAACUCCACACGUGACACAAACGGUCACGGGACACAUACUUCAACAACAGCAGCUGGAAGCAAAGUUGAUGGUGCAUCUUUCUUUGGCUAUGCAAAUGGAACAGCAAGAGGUAUAGCUUCAUCGUCUAGAGUAGCUAUAUACAAGACUGCGUGGGGAAAAGAUGGAGACGCACUUUCAUCUGAUAUAAUAGCUGCAAUUGAUGCUGCAAUAUCUGACGGUGUUGACAUUCUUUCAAUAUCACUUGGCUCUGAUGAUCUUCUUUUGUAUAAAGAUCCAGUUGCAAUUGCGACAUUUGCAGCUAUGGAAAAAGGUAUUUUUGUGUCUACUUCUGCAGGUAAUAAUGGACCCUCGUUUAAAUCUAUUCAUAAUGGAAUACCAUGGGUGAUAACUGUUGCUGCUGGUACUUUGGAUCGUGAAUUUUUAGGAACUGUUACACUUGGUAAUGGAGUCUCACUCACUGGUUUGUCUUUCUAUCUAGGAAACUUCUCUGCUAACAAUUUUCCAAUUGUUUUUAUGGGUAUGUGUGACAAUGUUAAAGAAUUAAACACAGUGAAGAGAAAGAUUGUGGUUUGUGAAGGCAAUAAUGAAACUCUUCAUGAACAAAUGUUUAAUGUGUAUAAAGCAAAAGUUGUUGGAGGUGUUUUUAUAUCAAAUAUCUUAGAUAUUAAUGAUGUGGACAAUAGUUUCCCAUCCAUCAUUAUUAAUCCAGUAAAUGGAGAAAUUGUGAAAGCUUACAUCAAGAGUCAUAACUCUAACGCUAGUUCAAUAGCAAACAUGUCUUUCAAGAAAACAGCUUUCGGUGUUAAAUCAACACCUAGUGUGGAUUUUUAUAGCUCAAGGGGACCAUCAAAUAGUUGUCCAUAUGUGUUGAAACCUGACAUCACUGCUCCUGGUACAUCAAUCUUAGCUGCAUGGCCCACAAACGUUCCUGUGUCCAAUUUUGGGACUGAAGUCUUUAACAACUUCAAUUUGAUAGAUGGAACAUCUAUGUCAUGUCCACAUGUUGCAGGUGUAGCAGCGCUUUUAAAAGGGGCACACAAUGGUUGGAGCCCGUCAUCUAUUAGGUCGGCAAUUAUGACAACAUCAGACAUAUUAGACAAUACUAAGGAACAUAUCAAAGACAUUGGAAAUGGUAACAGAGCAGCAACUCCUUUUGCAUUGGGAGCUGGUCAUAUUAACCCUAAUAGAGCACUUGAUCCUGGUCUUGUUUAUGAUAUCGGUGUACAAGAUUAUAUUAAUCUUCUUUGUGCACUUAACUUCACACAAAAAAACAUCAGUGCCAUUACAAGAUCUUCUUUCAAUGAUUGCUCUAAACCUUCCUUAGAUCUUAACUACCCUUCUUUUAUUGCUUUCUCCAAUGCUCGUAAUUCUUCAAGGACAACAAAUGAAUUUCACAGAACAGUUACAAAUGUUGGUGAGAAAAAGACAACAUAUUUUGCUAGCAUUACUCCCAUUAAAGGGUUCCGUGUCACUGUUAUUCCAAAUAAGUUGGUGUUCAAGAAGAAGAACGAGAAGAUAAGCUACAAGUUGAAGAUCGAAGGCCCAAGAAUGACACAAAAGAAUAAAGUAGCCUUCGGUUACCUCUCUUGGCGGGAUGGGAAACAUGUGGUUAGGAGCCCUAUUGUGGUAACCAACAUCAAUUUCAAUUUGUAGAUCACUAUAUCAAACCAAAGAUAAUAAAAUAGUACAAUUUGAUUAACAAACUAGUACUUCCUACAAUUUAG